CUUUUCAUUCCAAUUCAUUUUCAAGUCUGGAAGGAAGGUAUCGAAAAAUUUCAUGGAUCCCCUUGAAAUUGAUUUUAACAUUAAAGAGGAAGUCUUCCCGGAGAUGGAAGUCAUCUGUCGGCUCUGUGCUGAGAAGUCAUCAACAUAUUCUUCAAUCUUCAAUGAGAAUCUCCAUGAAUCUCUCUUCCAGAACUUUGGAGUAUCUAUUGAUCCUGCAGACAAUUGGCCAAAAUCUGUGUGUCAACAUUGCAAAGAUACGGCCAAUGUAUGCCUGGAUUUCCUGGAAACCAUCUGGAAGGCUAUGAUGACUCAUCAUGAGCUUCAUGGGGAUCUUGCGGUGACUUCAGUAGUAAAAUCAGAUACUGAGAUUACGGAUGAGGAGGAUUUGCAUGAAAAUUUUCAAGUUGACGAUGAUGUUCUUCACUCAGGAGACGCGGAAGACACUGAAAUUUCCGAAAUUCCUCCCAAAAGUUCCAAACGAAAGAAACCAAAGGAAGCUCCUGAAACAUACACUACUGCUGGAUGUGAGACAAUGGCGAGAAGGAGUGAAAGAAUUUUACAGAAGAGACAGAGAAUUCAACCAAAACCUCCGGAUGAUGUUGUAGAAUCAGCAGAACCCGAAGCAGCUGAAGAAAAGGAUUCAGAGGAUACAAAAACAACAAUCAAAGACCGAUCAGAGCGUUUGGCAAAGAGGAGAUCACUGAAAGAUAACAUGCAAGACGAGGAGGAGAAUGAGGUGGAGAUAAAUCGUCGUAAUCCGGAAGAUUUGGCGGAAGAAGAUGAAAAGAUUAGGAUUUUCUUUCAACUCCAGUGUUCAACGUGCGAGGAAUCCUUUGAGAAGUUGCAGGAACUGAGCAAUCACUCAAGACGGGUUCACAAGAAGGAGGCCUACCUUGUUUGCUGUGAGAAGAAGCUCAAUACCCGGGAGAAGAUUGUUAAUCACCUGAAUUAUCACACAAAUCCCGAUGCCUUCAAGUGCAAAGAAUGCAAUAGAUCCUUCCUGAAUGCCCAGAGGCUGAACAAUCACACUUUAAAUACUCACACGCCGAAGGAGCAGCAUCCCUACAAAUGCGAAGAAUGCUCAAAAACCUUCAUGCAGCGGAAGAACUACAAUUCGCACCUUCUUCAGCACAUAAGUGACGACGAAGAGAGAUUCCGGUGCAAGACAUGCAAGAGAAUAUUCCCUACAAAAAACUCAUUGAGGAUGCACAUCCAGGGUGGGCAUGAGCUCGGGCAUAAGGAUGCAGUUGAGCGUCUUAUCUGUGACAUUUGCGGGAAGGGAAUAAAGGGAAGGCAUCAAUAUAAGAUUCAUGUGGAUAGUCACAAAAAGGGAGUUGGAGAUUUCUCCUGCCCCAUUUGCGAGAAGAAAUUCAAACAGAAACGCUUAAUGGUGGAUCACCAUGCUCGCCACAACGUCGAAGGGAAAAUCUACAAAUGCGACAUUUGCGGGAAGAUCUCCCCAAACGAAAGGGCCCUGAAAAAUCACAUUAAACUUGUCCAUCUGCAGGAGCGACUGCAUCAGUGUACCCUCUGCGAUAGAGCAUUCAAAGUGAAGGUUGCUCUCAGGGAACACAUGGCUGCCCACUCUGGUAACGCCAUACUCUACAAAUGCCUCUUCUGUGAAAGACAAUUCAACAGCGGCGCCAACAUGUACGCGCAUCAGAAGCAAAAACAUCCCGUUGAGUAUCAAGAAAUGCGCAAGAAGAGGAUGCUCAAGGAGAGAGGACUUCUCAAUGAAGAAAAUGAUUAAAAAAAAUGAGAAAAAGAGGAUUUCUGUUUUGACCAAAUUCCUCAAUAUUCAAAUAACUAUAAAAGCCUUGAAAAAAAAGUCAAUCAUAACGCGUCCAGUUAUAAGAGUUGGUAUACCACAACGCGGAUGGGUCAGUCUAUGCGUUGUAAUUUAAUUUCUGAGUUGUAUUAGUAGGCAAAACUGAUUUUUUGUGUGAAAAUCAGUAAUUUGAUGCAUAAAAAUGGUCAUAUCUCUGGUUCUAUAAGACCUACAGAAAUUUCUUGACUAGUUUUGGAAAGGUAUUAAAACAGGCUAUAAAUUGACAUAAAUUUUAAUAAUUUUCAAGGUCACCUCCAGAACAUAAAAUGGCGGAUUUUUGUUUCACCAAAACAGUUUUUGGCAUUUUUUAUCCUGAAGGAAUAGUUCUAGAGGUUUCUGAUGUUCUAGAAAGUUGUAGAUAAUUGUAAAACCUUUAAUUUGAUACCAAGUUAAGCAAAAUCGGACAAGCAGUUCAGGAGAUAUAGCUCUUAGAACUUUUAAAAUUCAAGAAUUUUUCAAACUGCGAUAUCUUCUAAACGGCGACAUAGAAUUUCUUCAUUUUCGGACUGGUACAAGAUUAUUAGUCAGGCUACAACAUAUCAAAAUUUAAAAGAUUUACCUAAUGGGGAUUCGGAGAUAUUGCCUCUUAAAGUUAGGCAAUUUUUGAUUUUAGCGCCUCUUGCGGAUGUUUUUGGAACUUGGAAUGUUCUACGCAGUUGUAGGGCUUCUUGAAACCUUUCAUUUGAUACCAAGAUGAUCAAAAUCGGUCAAGCCGUUCUCGAGUUAUAUUGAAAAAACACUUUUUGCUUUAGGCCGCCAUAUUUGCUAAACCGCUUGACCGAUUUGCAAGUAUGAAUAGUCGAUGAAAACGUCUUACUGAGCUCUACAACAUACUAAAAUUUCAGACCUCUAGCUGUAAGGGAAGUGGUUGACAGUAUUUCAAAAUGGCGGACGGCGGCCAUCUUGGAUUUUUAAAAUGGGAAAAAAUGAAAUUUUACACCUACAUUUCUAUAGAAAACUUCAAACCGGAAGUCUCUAUCUGUUACCGUUCUCGAGCUAUAAGGCAAAAUGGGGACCAACGGCAGGCCGGCAGGCCGGCCGGCCGGAUCAAAAAUUUUCCACCACCAUUUUCGUAAUGUGGGAUGUCUAAAACGUGCUCAUACCAAGUUUGAGCCCGAUCUGAGGUGGUCGGUUUUUCCGACGAUUACAAUACUUGGUAUGCCACGAUUGUGGUAUACCAACUAAUUAUUGAAUUCUAUUUAAACCAUUUAAACGAUUUCUGUGUGGUAAUUUUUCGUCAUUAGUUGCACACGUAAUCACUUUUUGAGAUGGAAGUAAAUAAAAAUCGCCUAUUUAAAAUAACAAUAAAGGGAGAAACC